GAAGCCGGGCUCUUCUUCGUAGUGCCGCCGGGACCGUUGGCGAGUGUGUGUGUGUGUGGCAGCUUCCGUACUACUCGAGCCCCGGGCGCUGCGAGCUAAAGAGCAGAGCACGCGGGCCGGUCAACAUGUCGCGCUACGGGCGGUAUGGAGGAGAAACCAAGGUAUACGUUGGUAACCUGGGAACUGGUGCUGGCAAAGGAGAGUUAGAAAGGGCUUUCAGUUAUUAUGGUCCCUUAAGAACAGUAUGGAUUGCAAGAAAUCCCCCAGGAUUUGCCUUUGUGGAAUUUGAAGAUCCUAGAGAUGCAGAAGAUGCUGUGCGAGGACUGGAUGGGAAGGUGAUUUGUGGUUCCCGAGUGAGGGUUGAACUAUCAACAGGCAUGCCCCGGAGAUCUCGUUUUGAUAGACCACCUGCCAGACGUCCCUUUGAUCCCAAUGAUAGAUGUUAUGAGUGUGGCGAAAAGGGACAUUAUGCUUAUGAUUGUCAUCGCUAUAGCCGUCGAAGAAGAAGCAGGUCACGAUCUAGAUCACAUUCUCGAUCCAGAGGAAGGAGGUACUCUCGCUCACGUAGCAGGAGCAGGGGACGGAGGUCAAGAUCAGCAUCUCCUCGACGAUCAAGAUCUGUAUCUCUUCGUAGAUCAAGAUCAGCUUCACUCAGAAGAUCUAGGUCUGGUUCUAUAAAAGGAUCGAGGUAUUUCCAAUCCCGGUCAAGAUCAAGAUCUAGAUCUAGGUCUCUUUCACGACCAAGAAGCAGCCGAUCAAAGUCCAGAUCUCCAUCUCCAAAAAGAAGUCGUUCCCCAUCAGGAAGUCCACGCAGAAGUGCAAGUCCUGAAAGAAUGGACUGAAGUUUUCAAGUUCACCCUUUAGGGAAAAGUUAUUUUGUUUACAUUAUUAUAAGGGAUUUGUGAUGUCUGUAAAAUGUAACCUAGGAAGGAUAUUUYAACCAUCUAAUCAAAAUGGAUCUGGAUUAAUACUCUGUAAAUUCACAGCAGUAAGAUAAUAUAAGUUUUUGUUGAAUGUAUUAACAUCUUAUGGUCUGAACAUGGGUUUUUAUUUGGCACAUUUAAAUAAAAUGUUUCUAAAUAGAUUUUUGAUUCGUGUUCAAUAUUAACACUUCUCAAUUUGGUAACCAUCAGGAGUCAAACUUGAUAACUAUUAAAUAUUCAUACAGAGUUACAUUCAAAGUUUAAUGGUGUUAAAAGUCUUGAACAUCAUUAACUGUUCUAUACAUAACACUUUGUCAGCAUCUUAAGGGACUUUGAAAAAUUCUAUUUUACCCUUGUAUCUGGGUAAGAUGAUCUUGAGUCCCCUGUAAUAGUAUGAGUUUAUCAUGACAGAUCCCUCAAUUUAACUUAUUGAAGUUGGUGUUAAGAGACAUCAAACUAAUGAUCUCAAUCUGUCAAUCUAGAGGGACCACUGAUUGACCUAUAAAUGAGCAUGACAGGAACUAAGCAAAGCUUUUUGAGUAAAUGUGAUAUAAGAUGUAAGGAGAAACUGAUUUCUGGAGGCUGUUUUAGCUUAUUGAUGUUUCCAGGCAAUUGGGUGGGAUGGUUUCUAUUCAGUGUUCUUUGUUUUCAAACAUUAGUUAACUGAUUUUAUACCAAAAAAAAAAAAAUGCAUGUAUGAGAAAUUGUCUGGA